AUGUUCUCUAAAUGUAAUUAUCAACCUAAAGGAAAAUAUCCGUAUAAAGAUGUUAAGGCCCAUUUCACCAAGUGCCAUGUGUCUCUCGCGGUGGAUGCGGCAGGCCAAAGCACUCGCGGUAGCCUCGGUGAGUGCAAUAGUGUGGGCCAAUUAACAACUAGUGUUGCGGCUAAAGCGACCUCACGAUUGGCGGAGACGCCAUCUCAAGCGGCCAAUGAGGCAAGGGCCAAAGGAAAGACGUCAACAACACCGACUAGCAGAUCCCCCUCAUACGCGGCAGUCACUGCGAGCCCAUCAACCAGGAGCACAACAUCAUCCACCACAGCCCGCAGUAAGACUGUCGCGAAGAGCGCCGCGCCUACCACAACAACCAGAGAGGCCAGGAGAUUCGGCGAGGCCGCCGCAACGAGGAAUUCGCCGAGGACCGCCACGGUGAAUAAACCAUGUGUGGUGUCGGUAGAAAUAGUGAAGUUGCCUAUCAAAUCCAUCUCCAAGACAGGCGUGCAGAACGCGACCAAACCGGCACGCGCUCCCUCUCACACUCCGCAGAGGACAUCACCGGAGGCGGGGGGGUUCACGACCAUCCGUAGAGAAAAUAAAAUGCGGAGAGGGAGCACUGAAUAA